AUGGCACCGGCAGUAACAGAACAGCUGCAAGCUGAGCUCCCAGUGCACCCCGCCAAGUUGCAGGCCCAAGCGCGCCAACCAGUUCACACCACUGGAGUGCUUGACACCUUCAAGUCCUUCGAUGUGACACCUGUAAUUGGCCGAGAGUUCCCCGAAGCAAAAUUGGUGGACUGGUUGAAUGCACCCAACUCUGAUGAACUAAUUCGCGAUCUUGCAGUGACCAUCUCGGAGCGGGGUGUCGUCUUCUUCCGUGCACAGGACGACUUGACGAACGAUCUCCAGAAGGAACUUAUCCUUCGUUUGGGCAAACUGACAGGUAGACCUGAAACCUCUGGUCUGCAUAUUCAUCCCAUCCUCAACUCGGAGCGCGAGCUGGGCGGCAGCGACCCCGAGAUCAGCACCAUUUCGUCGGUCCAGCAUGACAAGUUUUAUCGACAAACAAACCCGGACGAGCUAAGCCAGAAGAAGCAAAAGACUGCUCAGUGGCACAGCGACAUUGCCUUUGAGCCCGUGCCAGCCGAUUACACGUCCCUACGCUUGGUCCAACUUCCCAAGACCGGUGGUGACACUCUAUGGGCAUCUGGUUAUGAAAUCUACGAUCGCAUUAGCGAACCCUACCAGAAAUUCCUCGAGUCUCUCACGGUCACAUUUGAGCAGCCUGGCUUCAAAGAGGUCGCCAAGAAGUCCGGCUUUGAGAUCUACGACAAGCCUCGGGGCGCUCCGGAGAAUGUCGGCGACGAGCUAAAGGCGAUUCACCCCGUCGUUCGCACAAAUCCCGUCACUGGGUGGAAGAGUGUUUUCCCUGUUGGCGGACAUGUCAAGCAUAUCAACGGUGUUACCCAAGAGGAGAGCACGCAGCUUCUCGAUUGGUUCCUCGAUAUUGUGUACAAGGGCCACGACCUGCAGGUCCGCUUCAAGUGGGAGAAUCCCAACGAUAUUGCAAUUUGGGACAACCGCAGUGUAUUCCAUACCGCCACGUUCGAUUAUAAGGGGCUCGGCGAUAGAUUUGGCAACCGUGCUGUUGGGUUAGGCGAGAAGCCGUACCUUGAUCCUAACAGCACAUCUCGACGUACCGCAUUAGGGCUGUAA